UUUGCGUAAGCUACCAGUGACCGUCUUCAGCGCGCAUCUAUCGACUAUUUGUGUAGUCACGAAAAGGAGUUCGAACAAACUAGAGCGGCGGGGCUUCUGCUUAAAAAUGGCAGACGAUAAAGUGGAACCAUCCGCUGGCUUACCGCGAAACAAAAUUGGACCAAAGAUCGCUGAGUUCUUUCUCGUUCUGAUGGAUAUUAUAAAAGUAGUUCUGCUUGGUGGACCAGUAAUGUUUCGUACAGUGUUGAAUAUCUUGAGACCGAGGAAAUUGAAAAAUGUUUCCGGACAGCUUGCUUUGAUUACGGGCGGAGCAAAUGGGUUAGGUCGAGAAAUGGCUUUACUACUAGCGGAUCACGGUUGUAACAUUGUUAUCGUGGAUAUUGAUCUGAAGUCCGCGGAAAAAACUUGUGACGAUCUGCGAAAAAAACGCGUAAGCGCUCAUGCCUAUCAAGUGGAUGUGUCUUCCUUCAAAGAUGUAGAAACGUUAGCAGCAAAAAUCAACGGUGAUAUUGGACCAGUCGAUAUCCUCAUAAAUAAUGCAGGCCUUAUUCAUUUUACCUUUCUACAGAAUAGUAGUGUGGACGAAGUGAAUAAGUUGAUUGAUGUUAACGUUAAAUCGUAUAUUUGGGUAACGAAAAUAUUCUUAAGUGAAAUGAUGGAACGAAAGCAGGGUCAUAUCGUAGCGAUUUCCUCAAUAUGUGGUAUUUAUCCACAUCCCUGGGCGGUGAUGUAUACUACAACGAAGCAUGCCGUGAACGGAUUUAUGGGAGCGCUACGUGAGCAGCUGCGUCUGCAAGGCUAUGGGCGCCAAAUCAGGACCACUUGUGUCUCUCCGUACUACAUCUCUACGCGCAAGGAUGUUACGGACUUUUUGCAGGAACCCCGAUUUGAACUACUAACAACUGAGUAUUCAGCACGUGUCAUCGUGGACGGUAUUCUACGUAAUGAGCCCACCGUUGCAGUUCCACCAUUUCUCGAUCUGGGGAUCAGGCUAAUGCAAAUAUUCCCGGUAAAGAUACAACAACUGGUGCGUGAUAUUGUUGUCAAGGAGCACGAUCUGCACUCAGUAAAGGCAUGAUUCGGUUAAGAAUCUGAGAAGUGAAAUUCUCAAAAUUUCAGUGGCAAAAUUGAACGAAUGCUCAACUUUGUGGUUAAGUUGCAACCAUAAGACUAAACGAGAGGAAACUAACGCGAAUCCGUUAAGUAAAAAAAAAAACUAAAUAUA